AUGGGUACAGGAAAUGAGGAAAGAAAACUAGUAAAGUGAGAAAAUUUGAAAGGGCGCUCAAAAGCUGUACCCUUGGAACACAAAAUAUGUAGGCUGAGAAUGCUGUGAAGUGGAUUCCGAUUCUUCAUCGACGCCAAAGCUAGGGUUUUGUGACUUCUGUUGAGGCUUUUGAGGACUGACUUGAUUGGUCAUGGAUCGGCUGCGUCCUAGACAGAGAGAGGUUUUCACUGGCUUUACUGCAAAUGAGAUUGAGAAAAUGGAGACAUUACUCAAGGAAUGUGGAGAACAGUCUUUGGAGCAGGAAUUUUGUAAAAAACUUGCAAAAAAUUUCAAUUGCUGUAAAGACCGUGCUGGAAAGCCAAGUGUGAAGUGGACUGAGGUGCAAAGUUGGUUCCAGAACAGGCAGAAAGAUUGUCCAUCCAAAAAUACUUCUCCUGGUGCCCUCAACAAAUUGUCAAUUGUACCAGAAGCUUGUCCUCCAGAAAAAGCAAAUGAAAAUUCUCAAAUGCCUAAAGGUGAAAAGACUCCAGAUCUAUCAGAAUUGGAAUUUGAGGCUAGGUCAUCAAAAGAUGGGGCAUGGUACGAUGUGGAUACAUUUCUGACCCACAGAUUUCUUAGUUCAGGUGAAGCUGAAGUUCGUGUAAGAUUUGCUGGCUUUGGGGCAGAGGAGGAUGAAUGGGUAAAUGUGAAAAAGGCAGUGCGCGAACGCUCUGUUGCUUUGGAGCAUUCUGAAUGCCAGAAAGUAAAAGUUGGAGAUCUCGUACUCUGCUUCCAGGAGAGGAGUGAUCAAGCAAGAUACUAUGAUGCUCGUGUCCUAGAAAUUCAAAGGAGAUUGCAUGAUAUAAGAGGCUGCAGGUGUCUUUUCUUGAUUCGAUAUGACCAUGAUGACAUUGAGGAAAGAGUUCGUUUACGGAGAUUAUGUUGCCGACCAACAUAUUAAGGCUUUCAAGCAAAUGCUCAAAUUUUGUGACCCUCAGUCUGGCUCAUUGCCAUCUUUUGUACUCAAUUAGAUGAAUACAUGAAUGAAAAAAAAAAAAAGGUAUAUCAGAGUUUAAGGAGCAUAGAAGGAAACCUGUGUGUUUUCGGCUUUUCUUUGAUCUUGAACUCAUUCUAUAUUUUAUGCUGACCGUAAAUACUUAUAUUGUGGAAUUUGUGUAGUUUCAAUGGCAAUGUGAGG